AUGGCGUCCAUCCGCCUCCUCGCCACCGUAACGCUCCUCAUCGUCAUCGCUUCGGCCCAACAAUGUAACCUCAAGACCCUGAAGUCCUCUUAUCAAGCGCCCGUUACCGCCGAUGGCUGGAACUAUAGUAUCAUCGCCAAUGAGCUCAGACGACCUCGAGGUAUUCUAUUCGAUAGCGAGGGUGCCCUGAUUGUUAUAGACUCUGGGAAUGGAAUAAUCCAUUUUGAGCUCGAUGAUGAAGGAGGAACCUGCUUGCAAGUCAAGAAGAAGACCACUCUACUAAAGAAGAAUAAUCUCAACCAUGGCAUCGCCCUCUCCAAAGAUGGACGUACAAUCUAUGCUUCAUCAUCCGAUGAGGUCUUCGCAUGGUCCUAUGACCCGUCUAAAGUCACUCUCAGCGAAUCUUCCGCUCAGACUCUAGUCAACAAUAUGACUAACGGAGGCCACACUUCACGAACCCUACUUAUCUCACAGAAACAUCCAGACAUGCUGCUCGUAUCCCGCGGGAGCGAUGGGAACGAUGACGCAGGUGCCGAAGAUCGUGACUCAGGCCGCUCUCAGAUCCGCGCCUUCAACAUCUCAUCCUUCAGCGGCAAUUCCGAUAAAAAACCGUACGAUUAUCUUGACGGCGAGAUUAUCGGCUGGGGCCUUCGCAAUUCCGUCGGCGUGGCAGAGCAUCCUGAGACAGGUGGCAUUUUCAGCGUUGAAAAUUCCGCCGAUGAACUUCAUCGCGACGGCAAAGAUAUUCACAAGGACAACCCAGGCGAGGAGAUGAACUUCCACGGUUAUCUGAAUGGCUCUGAUGAUCAGGGUGGCAACUAUGGCUACCCUCUUUGUUAUACGCUCUGGUCUACGGAAGACUUCCCUAAUCUCGGCGAUCUUAAGAUAGGCGAUCAGUUUCCAGCUGAUCGCCAAGCAGACGGUGAUGAUGCUACCGCCCUUACUGAUGAAGAAUGCAAAUCCGACUAUGUUGCACCAGUACUAGCGUUCCAAGCGCACACUGCACCUCUAGAUCUGAAGUUCGACGAGAAUGGCACAAGAGCCUAUGUAUCUUUCCACGGAAGCUGGAACCGCGACCCGCCAGUUGGCUACAAAGUCUCCUACGUCGAUUUCCAAGACGGCAAACCUGCAUCUUCUUCACGAAGUACAAAUGCCACUACACCCAUCAUCUACAACAAAGAUCUCUCAAAGUGUCCGGAUGAUUGCUUCCGCCCCGUUGGUCUGGCAUGGGACUCUAAGGGUAGACUGUGGUUUAGUUCCGACAAGACAGGCGAGAUCUUUGUGUUGAGCCACGAGAGCGGAUCAGGUACGAGUGGCGGAAAUGGAUCUGAAUCCGGCGCUGGCAGUGGCGAUGAUGAUAACGAUUCCGCGUCUCUACAGCCUGGAUCAGCUGCUUUUAUCAUCACUCUUGCUGCAUUCAUUGUAGGAGGCUUGCUUGCGUGA